GACGCAUGCAGGUAAUUACCGUUGAUAGGCAAACCAUUUCUGAUUGGAGGCGUUACCGGGAGAGACUCUUGAGUAUACCAGAGAAAGAGCGUAUAUGGAGCCUGGGGGAGGUCAAUUGAAGCAGCAGCAUGGGUCUUACAGUUGUUCUGGCACUGGCGCUGACGCUGUUCUGACAGCCCUGUCACAAAUACGUCAAUAUGCGACCCGUCAUCGCUGCCCCUUUUUAUACCGUUUUGCGCUUGAACACCGCAGGCCAAUAUCACAGCUUCCACACGUGUAGCCCCGGCAGACCAAUUUACGAUAAGCCAGAACCUGGAUCAUGGCCACGACCGGGUAGCAGCCUAUAUAAACCGGCUGUUCUCGUCGAGAUGAGCCAUCCAUUGCAACGGUAAAAUGGUCAAUUUCAGAACAGCUUUCACUCUGGCAGUGAUCGUGGCCUCGGGUGUUCUCGCCCACACGGUGCCAGGGAUCGACUCGCUCCGUACUCAGCUAGCAAUCAGAGCAACCAACCCCAUUGACUCCAUUUACGACAAUCUCGAUGAUGCAGAAACAGACUUCAUCAACGACCACUACAAGAAUUUGACCGCCUACAAUUCGACCUCGUGUGACCAGUGUAAGAACAAAAUCAGGUACGGAAGACACUUGAUCGACACUUAUCCUGACAAGCAGCACCUUGUCAGUCUCUUGUUGUUCAAGUACUGUAUCUUCCAGAACAAGGGAAGUGAGUCUAAAUGCGACAACACCGACUUCUUUGUCUCUACCCAGACCAAAGACGACGAGAACUUCGGCGACUCCUGGGACUCAGGAGUCACCAGUGCCACCAGUAUCAGUUUUUUUGACAACGACUUCCUCCACAUGUUGAAAAACUUCAAUGUCUCCAGUGAGCUCGACUUGGAGUACUACUGUUACUACAGAGGUUCGAAUGCCUGUAAGCAGCCCAAGACUCCCGACGUCGAUGAGUUGUAUGGUGUCGACUCGUGGUGGCCUGCGAAGCAGCCACAGCAUUCUGGCGAGCCAGAAUACAACCGUACCAACGGAGAAUUGGAGAAGUUCAACGUGUUGCACUUCACCGACUUCCAUCUCCAAAUGAGAUACACUUUGGGCAGUGAAAGCAACUGUACUCAGGGCCUUUGCUGUAUGCCUGAGUCGUUCAACAAGGAUUUGGUAUCUAAGGGUCAUAACUUCACCGAGUACUACAAGCAACUCGACCCCAAAUUGUCCAAGUACGCCUACUCUUUCUACCCAGACGCCAAAUACGUGAACGAUACUUACAUUGCUGGCUCUUACUACGACUAUCCAGCCCACAGAGGCUUCAACUGGAACUCUGUUCCAGCUACCACCUUUGGUGCCUACAAGUGUGAUUUGCCAGAAGUGUUGAUGAACAACAGUUUGCACUACAUCAGCAAGGCCCACGAAGACAAAGAUUUCGAGUUCACCAUUUUCACGGGAGAUUUGGUGGACCACGACGUGAUCCACUGUGACGCUAACACCACCAAGACUGCUGAAAUCAAGUCUUUCCAGUUAAUCAAGCACUACUUAAAGAACAUUACAGUGUUGCCUUCAUUGGGUAACCACGACACCUUCCCAUACGGCCAGUUGUCUCCCAUCAAGUACAGUCUCAACAACACCUACGACUGGAAUGACGAGUUGAUGAGCGAAUUGCUUGUAGAAAACGGAUGGUUGCCAGAAAGCAAGGCUCAGCAAAUCAAGACCCACUACUCCGGGUUCUCCUACGUCACCCCAAGAGGUUUGAAGGUCAUUUCCUUGAACUCAAACUGUUACUACCAGAAAAAUUUGUGGUCGUACAUCGACUUGAGCACCAAUGCUGAUUUGUUUGGCCAAUGGGAAUUCUUGGUCAAUGAAUUGGUCGAGAGUGAAAAAAUAGGCCAAAGAGUAUGGAUCAUGGCCCACAUUCCAGUCACCGACUACGACACCUUGCCAAUCCAAGCCGAAAUCUUUAACAAGAUUGUUAAGAGAUUCUCUCCUUACACCAUCGCCAACAUUUUCUGGGGACACACCCACAGAGACCAGUUCCACAUUGCCUACUCCGGUAGUGAGAAGAACUCCUCUGAAGUUGUCAACAUGGCCUGGGUUGCCCAGUCAGUCACUCCUUACACCAACAACAACCCAAGUUGGAGAUACUACGUUGUUGAAGACCAAUCCUUCAACAUCUACGAUUCUCUUAAUUACUACGCUCAAUUGAACACCACCUUUACCAAUGGAGGUGCCGAGCCUGAAUGGAACUUUGAGUACUCUGCCAGAGACACCUUUGAUCCCGAAAAGACCUGGCCUGAAACUUCUCCACUUAACGCCUCUUUCUGGCAAAGUUACGUGGUGGAAAAGCUUGCCCAAAAGAACAACACUGAGUUCCACCAGUUGUACUCGGAUCUUCAGUACAGAAAGAGUCCAUACGUUCCAGAGUGUAAGAAUGGCUCGCAGGUUUCCACUGACUGUUGGAAUGAAAACUACUGUGUGGUCGCCAACUUCUUGCCUAACGACUAUGCCGACUGUUUGAUCGACUGAUUGCUUCGAUACUAUACCCAUAUUUACUUUCUUUCCUAUUCUUCGUCGUCCUGUUAUUUCGAAAGCCUAGCUACUCUAGGCCAAUAAAAGUUCCUUUGUCUUUU